CCGUUACACCGGGCAGCAAGUUCGUGCAGGUUCACAGGAGGAAAAGAACGGACAUUCAUUAUUGACUUUUAGACACGAUAUUGAUGCACAUUAAUUUGAUACUACGUUAACUAAAGGAAAUGGAAAGGCCCUCAAAAAGAUUGAAGCCAUCACACAGUCAGGAGGAUAAUGAAAAAUCAAGAGUUUGGGGUGGAAAUGAUAACGGAGGUUGUUCCUCUAACGAAACCAUGCACUCAGUCAACAAUAAGCCAGAGAAGACAUUGUCAGAUUCGACAAGUCCGUGGCAGGGUGUUACAAUUAAGAAUUUAGUCAAGAAACAAAUCUGUCCAGCAAUUCAAGUGGAAGUUGUAUCAAUUCAUCCAAGGGGUUUGUUAAAAACUGCAACGGGAAGAGAUUACCUUCCGUUUACAGUUGGGGAUGCGAGUGGAUCGAUGACUGUCAUGGCCUGGGCAGAUCUUGCAGCUCCUCUAUCAAGAGUCAUUAAAAUCGGGCAAAUUAUAAGAAUAAUCAAGGGUAACGUGGAAAAUGUCCCUGACAAUGCUCGUAGCGCUGAACCAGUGUAUCGCAUGACAUUGGGUGCAUCUUCCAGUGUCGAAAUUCUUCUAGAAAAUGGAAAAACUCAUUCAGUUGAUGCAAAUUCUAGUAAAAUUUCAGUGCCAAUGGAGAAUGAGAAGAGAGAUGACCCUCCUCCAAUGAAAAAACCCUCCAUGACUCCUACCAAAGAGUGUAAAAUCUCAGAUCUAACCUAUCCUCACACUCUCGAAAUAAUCAAAUUGCACGUGAAAUGCAUGGUAACAAAUGGGGUGGCAUUGACGCCAAAGGGUUUCAAAUACGUAGACUUUGUUGGUACUGAUGAGACCGGAGAUAUUAAUUGCAUAAUCUUUGAGCCACAUUCUUACACAAUCGGUUCGUCUAUUCGGGAAGGGGUAUAUCUGCAAAUAGAGAAAGCAAUAGUUGAGCCAGUCGAAGAACGAUUCCAAACUCACUGCAAAAAUAAUCAUCAGAUUAAAGUACUAUACAAAGGUCACGUGCAAAUUCUGGAAGAAAAGAACAAUGAAUCAGUAGAAGACGAGAUGAUGUCAGACAACUUGAUGCUAGUAGAAGACCCGGUGAUGAAAGUCACAGAUUUGAAAGCUCCCCAAAUUUGCCAAUAUAUUGAACUCACAGUGAAAUCUCUUGAGACAAAUUGCCCUUCUGUAGGCCGGAAGGGUUUACGUUUUCGAAGUUUUAUUGGAGAAGAUAGCACUGGCCUCAUUCGUUGCACUAUUUUUGAGCCUCACCGUUUUGCUCUAGACGCUGAUGCACUGAAAGUUGGUUUACAGCUAGGUCUGAAGAACGCUCUAGUCAUUGCUCAAGAUAUGAGAAUUCCCUUUGAGUGUGAUAAUGAUUUAGAGAUUAUAACGGACGGGUCAUCUGCUGUUGCACAAUUGGGUAUUGGGAUGGAAGAAAUGGACGACACUUGUUGGUCAAUUCGUCUCGAAAAUUUCAAUGAGUUAGCAAAUCAGGCACUCGGUACUUAUAUUGAUGUCGUUGGAGUUAUAGGUAAACCAGAGGAUAACUGCAAAUCCGGACACUCACCUGGUUGUUCUCUUACACUCAUCGAUGAAUCUUCUAUCGAGGUGACUUUACUUUUUGAAAAUGAGUUGUACGUGGAUUCCUCGUGGACAGCUGGGACAAUAAUCGAAGUAAAUAGAGCCUUAGUGGAUAGGGGAGAAAACGACCAAAUGCAACUUCUUUUCCUUCCCGAACACUCAGUAAUAAGAAAAUUGGAGCCAAAAGAAGACGCAUCACAGGCCAAAGCUGAUAGUACCAAGUGAUUCUUCGGCCUUAUCGAUAAGAAUGUUUUAUUUUUCUAAUUUCAUUCAAAAAUGAGUUUAUCAUUAUUCUUUUGAGCUUAAAAGCGUUUACAUUAUCUUUUCAUUCAUCAUUACCUAUUAUUUUAUGUUGUAUCGUUUAUUUUUUUCUGUACCAUGCCAGGUGUUAAAAUAAAAACUAUGUUUACUUUCUAAAGUAGAAAAUCACAUAUGAUUAACAUAUAUUAUACACAAUACAAGUUUAAAAAGCGCAGUCAUUAGCCAGUGUGAGGUUUACGUUUACGUAUGCGUAUUUUUUAAGGUGAGAGAAAUCGAGAAAAAUAAAAAAACUUU